CUCUGCACUGUGUGGUUACGUGACUCAUCAAAAUCUGAGCCUGUUCUCAGCCGAGCCCGAGGGACCACAAAAAUCUACGGUACGGUAAGUUUCCUUUCAGAGAUAGAUCUCCAAGGCGACGUCAUACCAGACUAAUCCAAUACGAUGGCAGAAGCGAGUUUUUGUCCAGGAAAUUCCAGCCUUGUACCCAUCUGGGUUGACCAUGGGUUAUCAAGAUGCUUCAUGGAGACAUUGGUGUCGUCCAUCAUGUUCUUUGUUGUUGUUGUACUUGGUGGGAUCCAGGUUUUAAUAUUCUGGAAACGUGCCAUGGAUGUUGAGGUACGAUUCCGCACCAACCCUUUCUGGUUUCGCCUCCAAUUCUUCCUCACCAUCACCAUGAUAAUCCAGUACAUCCUCCGCAUCGUGAUGUAUGCCGUCCUCCACGAACCUCUCAGCGGUGACAUUGAGCUUGGUACCUGUUUCUACCUAGCCUCCUACAUCGUCUCCUUGCCUGUCAUAGCCAUUGAACGUACAAAGUUCCUAGCCAGCAGGGUACGUGGUCAUGGAUUCAUCCUGCUGCUCUUCUGGUCUUUGGCAUUCCUCAGUGAGAACCUGGCAUUCGUAUCCUGGGAAAGUCCCCACUACUGGUGGAAGUUGGAGACCGAGUUUCACCAGGCAAUGUUUGGCCUCUGGGUGGUACGCUAUGUCAUCACGUUCUGUCUGUUUGCUCUUGGUCUCAGAGCACCAGGGCUGCCCAAGAAGAGCUACAUGCUUAUCAUCAAUGAGGACGGUCGAGAGCCAACCAACGAAAUACCUGCUAAUGACGCUGGAAACCCCUCAACAUGGGCUAACGCAUGGACCAAAGUGCGGAUCGUGUGGCCCUAUGUCUGGCCUAAAGGGAACGUUGUGAUGCAGCUCAGGGUUCUCUUCUGCCUUCUCAUCUUGGUGUCUGGAAGGGUUAUCAAUGUCUUUGUUCCAGUCUUGAAUAAGAAUAUAGUCGAUGCUCUAUCGGGUACUCCAACAUUUCCAGUCAGAUACAUCGUGUAUUAUGUAGGCUGCAAGCUGCUUCAGGGAGGUGGUUUCGGUAGUUUGGGUUUACUGAGUAACAUGAGAUCUCUCCUAUGGAUUCGAGUGCAGCAGUACACCACUAAAGGCAUCAUGGUUCGUCUCUUUGAACAUCUUCACCAUUUGUCCUUACGUUGGCAUCUAAACAGAAAGACUGGUGAGGUACUUCGAAUGAUGGACAGAGGAACGACAAGCAUCAAUAGUUUACUCAGCUACAUAGUGUUCAACAUCCUACCAACCAUUGCUGAUAUUGUUAUAGCGGUAGUCUACUUCAUCAGUGCUUUUAAUGCCUGGUUUGGUCUUAUCGUCUUCGUGGCUAUGACUCUCUUCAUCAUCGUCACCAUUGCUGUGACUGAGUGGAGGACAAAAUUCAGACGAGAGAUGAACUUGAAGGACAACAAGAUGAGACAAAAGGCCAUAGACUCCUUGCUCAAUUUUGAAACAGUGAAAUACUACAACAACGAGUCGUUUGAAGUUGGCAUGUAUGAUGAUUGCAUCACUGAUUAUCAGGUGAGUGAAUGGAAGUCGACUGCUUCAUUAUCACUACUGAACUCCGCUCAGAAUCUUGUCGUCAAUGCUGGUCUGUUGGUGGGAUGUCUACUCUGUGCUCAUAUUGUCUAUGAAGGCCAGCUCACGGCAGGAGACUACGUACUGUUCUCGUCAUAUAUCAUGCAGCUUUACAGCCCUCUUAAUUUCUUUGGAACUUACUACAGAAUGAUUCAACAAGCUUUCAUCGACAUGGAAAAUAUGAUUGAUCUUCUAGAAGAGAAACAAGAGAUAACUGAUGAUCCAGACGCCAAGGAUCUAAUAGUAAGGAAAGGAAAGGUGGAGUUUGACAAUGUAUCCUUCUUUUACAAUGAACAGAAGCCUAUCUUGCGAAAUGUUUCAUUUACAGUUGAACCAGGCCAAGUGCUUGCCAUUGUUGGUCCGUCAGGAGCUGGUAAGAGCACAAUCAUCCGGCUUUUAUUCAGAUUCUAUGAGGUACAAGGAGGUCAAAUCAGACUAGAUGGUCAAGACAUUAGUAAGGUAGCACAAAGUUCUUUGAGAAAAGUCAUAGGUGUGGUUCCACAAGACACUGUUCUGUUUAAUAAUGAUAUCAGGUAUAAUAUCCGAUACGGCAAAGUGCAAUGCGAAACAGAAGAGGUGGAGGAAGCAGCCAGGGCAGCUGAUAUACAUACAAGGAUCGAAUCUUUCCCGGAAGGUUAUGAUACUGUGGUAGGUGAGAGAGGUCUUAAAUUGAGUGGCGGUGAGAAACAGAGAGUCGCUAUUGCUAGAACCAUACUCAAAGCUCCUGAUUUUGUACUAUUAGAUGAGGCCACUUCUGCAUUGGACACGAAGACAGAACGUAACAUCCAGAUGUCGUUAUCAAAUAUAUGCGAGGGGAGAACAACCAUCGUGGUUGCUCAUCGGCUCUCGACUAUCAUUAAUGCUGAUAAGAUCCUCGUGCUACAGGACGGUAUCAUCAUAGAGAAUGGAAGGCAUGAAGAGCUGUUAGAAAUGAAUGGAGUUUAUGCUGAUAUGUGGCAACAGCAGCUACAGGCAGAGGAAGAUGGUGGGGCCAAAGGAAGCAGCGAAAAUCUUGAUGCUCCAAAGUAGUAAAUGGCAAACACAAAUCUCAACGUGGUCUCCUUAUUGGGUGAUUUCAAGCGUGGUAUUGGUCUUCAAAGCUUAAUUGAAAGCCAAUCACAGCUGGUCAUUCAGCAUCAAUUGUAUUCUUGGUUCUAUGUAUUGUUUUGUACUAGCAUUCUGUUCAAGCAUGUGAUUUAACUUCUAUGAGUGCAUGC